CAAGGCCUCUGCUUCACGGCCGCAUUAUAUAAAUUCCUAAACUGUGCCACCCGAUCGAGCUACAUCAAAGAGUGGAUCGAUCGAGCAACAAUCAAUUGAUGCAUUCAUCAGCCAUCGGCUGCCAUCAUGCUCUCGCCGCCGCGGGCCGAUCGGCGCCGGCGCCGCCGCAUACCUCCCUUGGUGCUCGUAGACAUGCCUCAGCCUCUCUCCCCAUGUCCACGAAGAUAGGCAGCAGCAGCAACAACAACAGCAGCCGGCGUAGGCUGCUUGUCUCACGUGCAGCUAUUAACAUUCCCCCAGACGCUUUGGUGAACCCCAAAAGAAUCGAGCACGAGCAAUGGGGGAUAGGAAAGGGAGACAAGGACGAGAAGGUCAUCCUCUGGUUUGUGAUAUCAGGUGUGGAAGAAUCAGAGGUCCAAGACGAAGUCGAGGUUAAUCUUCCUGACGGCAGUAAUGUGCUCACGAUCAAGAGAAAGAAGAAGAACGCGAACGAAGAUGAGCUGCUUGACGUGCGCCUACUUUUGACAGCAGACUACAACACCAAGGGGAUCACGGUGGAGGGGAUGAAGAAGGAAGGCAAGGUGCGCCUCGAGGUUACAUUCCUCCAAAACACCUCUUCAAUCCGUAACAUCGAUAUAAAGUAGUUCUUCUUGGACAAUAUGUAUAUGUAUAUACAAUCUCAUCCUGUUGGCGUGCUCACAGUCCCCUUAGGCCAGUCUCAAUGGGGAGUUCCAUUACAUUAAAUUCAAUACCACAUCAGCAAAAUUGCUGACUUAGCAAGGUAAUUAAUAGAUGUUUCAUCAGAUGAGAGAAGUUUCAUCCUCGUAAUACUCAUCUGUAACAGUUACCUAGACUGACACAAAGGAAUCAAAGCCGUCUAUACAUUAAA